UUGGAUAAUUAUAACAAAUUACUAAUAGUUAAAAGAAAUAAAAGACAGAGUUUUAUACUGGCUCUAACCAAAACAAGAAGUCCCUUCAGAAAUUAAAACUUUAUUGAAACAGAAGCUGCUCGUGCUGCGCCGGCCUCCGGCCUGCACUUCCCCGCGCGGCCGGACAGCGGCGCUGUUUUCACAGUUGGUGAACUACCUCUAUUUGGUCAAGGACUAUGUUGUAAAAAAUCUUUCAAACUGUUAAUUUUCACUGGUUCUUUGACUCUUCCGGAGGUCUGCUCGGUGUUUUUUCGGGGGCUGUGUGACCGACUCUCCCCGGGGACUGUGCGACCGGCCCGGGUUUGUGUGUUUCGGACAGCUGCUUAGCGGUUUUCUGAUCUCUUGACUGGAGGUUUUACUGUUAAGUUAGCUCAACAGCUAAUCCUAAAAGUCACGUCAGCUGUGCGGACUCGAAUUAAAAGUUUCCCGGUAGAGCCGGGACAGCCGGGUGAGUUUUAACUAUAUGCCCUUACAAAACUUUGUCUCGAGUGUUUUUGCGCGGGGUUCGUAUUUUAUCUCGCUUUUACGCAGCCAUUAAAUUUGCGUUGGAGACAGCAGCAAGUGAAGCGCAGCUGCGGGUUAUAAAUGACGGUCUGGCCCGCAGUCAUACUCGGAUACGGUGUUUUUCUGAGGGAAAUGCGGUAGAGAGAAGACAGCGUCUGUGUUCAGCCCGCUGACUUGGCGGCUCUGGGUUUGCUGCUCGUGAGGCCUGCGGGUCGGGCUUCCACCGGGCUUGAGUAGAGCCCGACGCCGCCGUCGAAAGGUCGGAGGCCGGCAGUUGGCGCUGCCACCGCCGGGCCUGCGGACCAAAGUAUGGAACGGAUGGAAGUGGACCAGUGCGCAGGCGCAGCUGGCGGGGCAGGAGGCGGGGCGCUCCGCAGGUCGAACAGCGCCCCCAUGAUCACCAGUGUCAGCGACGGGAUGACGGUCUUCAGUCCCGUGUCCUCGGCUCGAUACAGACGCAGCAGUGUGUCCAUCAACCCCAGCUGCCCUUCGCAGCUCGUCCCCCUCUCUCCUUUCUCUCUGACCGGAGACAGACUCGACCACAAGAGGCAGGAGGAGAAUAUGGAGAUGACGCUCAGAGGGAGUCUGCACAGACUAAGUGCUUCCAGUCUGAUCCCAGUUCCUCCAGUCAGUCAGUGGCACGACCACGCAUCAGUGUGGUUCCAGUCACAGGACAGCGGCGUCACGCCCAACUCCUCCCCGAGUCCCACCAGGAGGUUCAGACCAGCAGUCAGCGCCACUGUGAGAUGGCCUGCAUUAACUCCACUCAAGAGGAAAGGAGGGGUGGAGUCUGACGGACCCCCAAAGAAGCUUUUCGUUGCCGGGGUAACAGACCCCGCCCACCGCAGCAGCUACACGGUCAGUGUCUCUCAGUCGGCGGCAGAUUCUCCGCCUGCGGGAGGCGUCAGUCCUCAGUCCAGCCCUCUGUCUCUCUCUCCUCCCCCCUCCUUCACCUCCCACCAGCACCCCGGACACUAAAACCCACCUCGCCCCCCCCUCCUCACCCCGAGUCAUGACCCUGUCACUGUGGGUGCAGGCCGACCACCAGCAGCUCCAAAAACCUGGAGGAACAGCAAGACAGUCGCACCUUAUUUCUGUUCCAAUCAUCUGCCAGCACCACAGUAAGUCCCGCCUCUUCCUGCAACCACAUUGGGUGGACAGAAGAAUCACAUGACACGAAGAUCCUGAAGGCUGAGACGGAUCAGUCUGGUUCUCUUCAGCCUGGUUUUCUGCUCUCGGAGUGGGUUUAUUGUCAUGGAAAGUUUCUGUUUUGGAUCCCUGGAUAUUUUUAUUCUCAUCUGCUCACCAGCUCAUUGGUUGGUUGGAUAUUUAACCAACUCAGCUUAUUAACCGCUCCGUCAGAGUCCGUGUUGGGCUGUGCUGCAGCCGUCGGGCGGAAGGACACUCCUCCCCCCCCUCAGAGGGCGUGGCCUGUUAGGUGGGGGGUUCAUCCUAUGACUGACAGCUCGCACUAUGAACCCAGUCCUCCCACUCAAAUUGGUUUACAGAGGAUUCAUCAUCAGCAUCAUCGCGAGAUCGUGAAAAAAGUUUGGGAAAGCGAGGACACACCGGUUGUGUUGUCGGGCAUAAGGCUGGAAUUUAAUGUCCGUGCGGACUUAGAGACGGGUGUUAUGGGUAACUGUAGGUAGCAGAUUAGCAACAGGCAAACCUCCCAAAUCUCGACGUGUCCUGCGGACCUGAGCAUCAGCUAAGCUAAGCGGCUGAUUCGGAUUCGUUACGCAGAGGAAUAAAGCGUAAUUGUACUGAUGCAGCGUAAAAGGAUAAAAGAACGAAGGUCUCUGAACGACCCCCGUGCAGAGAAGCCUGAAGACUCUCGUUCCCCCUUUCUGAGAACGUGGAACAACGGUUCUGUCUGAUUUGUUCAGCGGACAUCGAAGGAGUCUACAAUGGGACACAGCUCAUUUUGCUGCCCGUUGGAGGACGCAGGUCCAAUCUGACCAAUCGGUCGAUGCUGUUUAUGACGUUCCAGAUCGUCUCUGAUCAAUAUUUUGGAGGUUCUGAAUAAGAUCUUGAGUUGUAAUCAAGACGACGAUGUUUUCAGACUGUUGAUCAGAACUGUCUCUCUAAAGGAGUCAAGGUACUUCAGGAACAUCUGGUUCCAGCCUCAGUGAUCCGGUCGACAUCUACGCCGAACUAAACCAAACGGAGAACCUGAAGCCAGUACUCUGCUUGUUGUCCUGGAGUCGUACUUGUUAGAAAUCAAGUGUGUAAAUGUAUUGAUCUUCCUAUCGGGAAGAUGUAGGAAUCAUCUGAUUUAUUUAGACGCAGUCUUGAAGCCGAAGUCACGAGCGUCCACGGCUGAUGGAUCUGCAGAGUAACAUCUGGACUCUGGCCAGCACUUGAUUAAAUCAGUGAACCAGGGUUUCGUACCUAUUGUGCAUCACAUCAUUCCCAACAUCAAAUUUCAUAUAAUAUAUAUUCAGAACGUCUGCUGAAGAUGAUGAAUUUCGUAGGGCUGACCCGAAUGCCUCUAAGCCUCCAAUCGUAAUCGACCUCCAAAUCAGUAUUUAAAUGCUGCGUUUUUAAAAAUGACUAUAUGUGCAUCAGCCCCAAAAUCCCAAAUAGCCCAUGAAAUAAGAAACAUUAUUAACGUUAAACGGCAUCUUAGAGCGCAAGAGGACGACAGCAACGCGGUGCUUCCUCUGGGUCGACUGCUUUGGGGGGCCGGAGCAGACAGGUGAGGAGACAGGUGAAGCGAACCUUGAACCUGGAUUCAGACCAAAUGAGGCGCUGCGGUGAAAACACCAGUCCUCCCACUCAUUGAGUGGGGGUAGUCGGUUUAGGCUGCGGCGGUGGGGGCUGCAGGGGACGCCAACAAAAAAAAAAAAAAAAACGCAGCGGCGGAAAAGUUGAAACAGAAAAAACUUUUGGGGAACGCAAGCCGGCGUCACGCCGCGGUGGCCAAUCCGGUGAUCCGGCCAAACUGCUCCCACGUCAGCCUGAACUAUCACGGAAACCAGGUGGAGUUCACGGACCGGACUGUGAUACUCUGCCAGUUGGUUUAUUUCAUGUACCCGGCUUCGACGUCUGUCUGGCUUUCAGUCUACGCUGAAAAAUAGCGAGAAGCUUAGUUUGGUUUGUGUUCGUCGGUUUGUUUGAGAGCGAGACAGACGGCUGUGGUCGAGCCACCUAGAGAACGAAUGGAGAGAGGGAGCGGCGGUGGCGAGAAAGCCGGUGAAUCGGAGGAAUAAAACGUUAUUUUCUGCCAGUUUCACAGCGGUUACGUUCUAAAGCACAGCAUCAACACGCCCGCACAGCUGAAUUCAACCUUUAAUGGAGUUGACGACAGCUCGUUACAGUACGUAACGCUGAAAUUCAACCGCGGUGUUCUGUCGGGAGACGCAGUGACUUAAACCAACAGUGAGUAAGAAAAAGUAUAAAUAACAUGGAAUUUGUUAAGCUACGUGUAGAGGGAAAGUCCGCUAGCCGCUAGGCUAAUUUAUGCAGUGUAAAAUGCUAUAUAAUAGUGACUAGCAAAAAAACUAUUGUCUAUGACCAACCCGACUGUCGAAGCUUCGAAUAUUCGUGGGUAACUCCCACUGAAGCUUCGAUGCCCCAGAAAUGGUAUUCGGGACAGCCCUAUAAUUUUGCACCUUUUUAGUCCAAAAAACAAAUUAUUAAAUAUACAAAAACCUGAAUAUCCAAUGAAACAUUGUUAAAAACAAUCUUGGCCCAAAACCCAAAACCCUAUGAAGGGGCACAGCUUUUUGUAAGGCCAAACCUGGUAGUCUUUGUCCGGUAUUUUUGAGCCCAAACCAGCUAAACCUGACAAACAUGAAAUUCCGCCGCUGAACAAAGUUUCGGUCAUCGAAGCCUAAGAUUUUUGUGUUUUAACGAAAAGUGUUUGUUGUGUGAGUCACCCCGACUGAAGCCUUCUGGUUUUACCAGAAGAAACUCGACAGACCUCAAUCAUUUGUCUACAGUUUGUUAAACGUUGGCCGAUGGUUUUCCUCCCGGGAUGAGAGACUGGUCUUUCCCGGCCUGUAGAAGUGUGAAGAACUUGUGGUCUUUAAGCACCACGUGUUAAUAGUGUAUCUAUAUGUGAAUACUGACAGUCGGAGCAGCUGACGUGUGCUCCGUUUUAUUCAGUCUGCAGGGUUUGAUUGUACAUAUUGAAUCUGCAGGAAGCGGCCGUGCUCUUCCCUCCUAAAGGUGCAUUUAUACUUUUUCAUUUCCCAGUUAGUUUUCUCUCUGACCGACUUCAGUCUUUUCUACUUGAAAUCAGCCACAUUGUUGUUCACGAAGGUCAUCUGAUUUGUUAAAGACAGUUCGAUUGUGGUAGAAAUCCCCAUAAAACAUGCUCCUGCUUCAUACUUGCUGUUUCACAGAACCUUUCUGACAUAUCUCUUAUACUUGUUUUUUUUAAAAAAAAGGGUUUCAGACAGACAGACCAGAGUUACAAGACCUGUUUUAAGACCUGGACCAGUCUCAGUAAAAAAAACAAAAAAAAAACAGUUGUAGUCAGUGGCAAUAAUUCAGUAUCAUCAUUUGUCGAAUUUCAUCAUAUUGUGAUGAUAUGAAGUUGCGUUCUACAGAUUUGUGUAUGAUUAAUAACUAAAAACAAACUCAUUUGAUGCACAACAUCAAACAUCAGUUUAUUUGAUGUGAUUUUGCUCCGUUGCAUCGUAAUCUGUAUAUUAAUAUCUGUAUUAAUAUCGUGAUGAUAAUGUCAGCCGUAUCGCCCAGCCAUAGGUGGUUCUGGUAAAAUUUUAAGUUUCAUUCCAAAAUCUGUGGCGCCCCGAAGAUCAAGUUUCUGGCGCUCACGAGAAACUGGAGCUCGUGUCGCCUUAGAGGCGCCGUAAAAACCAUCCACCCGUUAGUCACCAGGCGUGACCUCAUUCGUCCUCCAAGAACAUGACUUUAAUAAGCAACAAUGUGGAUUUUUGAGUUAUAUUAAUGUGCGAUUUUUUUAUUUUUAUUUUGUCUUUGUCUGAAAGUAUUGUAAUGAUUCGAUACGAGUGCACAAAACUGACGUCACCGAGUCACAGAUGCGUGCAGCCGUCUCACCGGAGGGGUCGGAGGUCAGGGGCGGCGGUGACGUGCCGGUGACGGUUUCAGAAAUGAGCUGCACUUUUGCACUUGCGCAGCAUUGUACAGUUUUGUAUUAUCACUCAUCAUUGUGCCUAAACAUGUCGUCAUAUUUUGGAGGAGCGACGGUCAGGUUGCUUUUCCUCCCGUGUGCCGAUUUUUUUGAACAUCAGACUUGACUUCCCACGCCGACAGGAAGCUCUUCUUUCAGAACGACCUGGUCUUUUCUAAUCGCCUGACCUGUCACCUGUGCGAUAUGUUUGUACAUAGAGUCUCUAUAAGCUGUUUUUAUAGAAGUGUCUUAACCCCCUCAAAAAAAAAACCAUUGAAUGCACGUGAAUCUGUGAGUUCAUAAAAAAUGUUUCCAAAUCUUUUUUUUAGUGACAGAUUUGAGAUUGUGUAUUUCCUUUUGUCACGCCUUUGCACAGUAUUAGUUAGAUCACUUUAAUCGUUUAUUCUGUUACGUGAUCAGUAAUAUAAGAAAUGCUGUUAAGUUUUGCUGCCUCUUCUGUUUUUCCUGCUUUAUUUCUCGACUUGUUGCCGUCUCUGUGAGUCUAUCCCGUUUCUGAGAAAUGGACUCGAAGUCGAAAAUAAUUCCAGAUGAGUUUGGGUCAGUUACGUAAAGCUUUAAAUCGUCGGCGAACGAUAGAAACGAUUCACAUUGUGUUUUGGCUCACUGGAUCAUUUUUACGUUAUCGGGGUCAGGGCUGGGUAUCAUUUGACGUUUUUUGAAACCGGUGCCGAUACGAGUUUUGGUAUCGAUACCAAAACAACUUCUUUGAAACGUUACUUUGAGACAUUUUUAUUUUUUAUGUUUUUCAUAAAACCCUUGUUUCCCCUUCAUUUUACAAGAAAAGCCAAAUUGGCAGAAGUUACGGACACGUUUUGGUUGUUACCAAAAAAAGUAGUGAGGUUCAGUAGAAAAGCUACUGGCAGGUUUAACACCACGUUUACAUCAUAGCUGAUGUGCUGACUUGGGCAAUAACUUGAUAUUCGUCUAAUUAUUCUCAUAUUGACUAAAAGUGAUUUAAUUAAUCAAAAUUCAGUACGCGAGAUACUUGAUAAUACUUCUUCUUUUUGGUCUCGUAAAGCUCUAAAACAGGGCGAAGAAGGUUUCAUCGUUUCAGUGUCAUUUUGAAGUAAAUACCGUAACGUGUCGACGUUAAGACAUCGCCGUGAUAAAUACCUGUAAUUUGCAAUUUUACCAUCAACAGUACUUUUGUCUUUUUCUUAUCUGCACAAAAAACUUAACGCGUGACUCUAAAUCGUUUUUACGUGUUUCGUACGAUAAUUUAAAGAAAAAAAAAAUCCAAUGACGGGUUUUGUUUUAUUUUUAUAAGCUGGAAAACAUGCAGAGAGCGAUUCGACCCCAAAAACGUUCUGAACAAUGUUUUUCUUAAUUACCAAUCGUUUCCAGAAGCAGGAUAGACUCUUCUCAGAGGUAACAACACGCUGCCAAAUCCAUGUAGCUGUACAGACACAAACUGUAGCUUUAAGACAAUUUUCUGUUUAUUAUUUUUAUCUUUGCACACUCACCAUCCCAUACUGUUGGUAAGUAUGAAGAGAGAAACAGUUUUUGUGUAGCUGGAUCAAAAUGUGAUGUGGAUUCUGUGUGUGGGGGGGGGGAAGCGUCAGUAAGUUUGCACUCUGGUGCUCGUACGAAUUUCUGCUUCAAAGAAUGUUUUUAAGCCAAAAAUUCUUCAUCGAAAUGCAACAGUUUUGUAAGAAAAAUAGCUGUAAUAUAAAAAAACAGUAUUAGUGUGUUUUUGUCUCAUCCUCGUCACCUUUAUGUCCUUACCGGAUUGCCCUCCUUUGGCUUUCUUGUCCUUUAAAUGUCGUUUAAAGCGUCCCGUCGUACCGCAGAUUCCCAGAAGCUCAAAUAAUUGUAAGUCCAAUUAUUUUUUUCUUUUAAUUUAAUGUACAUUUCCAGUGUGAUUGGAGAUUUUCCACCUCAUGUUUGCCCUCACUGUUUUACACCGAACUCCAUAUGUGCGAUUUUUCUUUGGUUGUUUUUUUUAUUUUUUAUUAAUAUUCUGAUGCUAACGUUGUCUUGGCAGAGUUGGUGUAACAUGUUAAAAUUCGGUUAGCAUGCUAACGGUAAUCGGGGGGGAAAGCUGCAUCCAAAUCACGGAAAAACUCCAGUGAUUGCUAACAUGCAAAAUGUUCACGAUAAAUAAACGUAAGGUGUUAACAUGAAUGCUAAUCAUUGCUAUGCUCACCAACAUGCUAAUGUUACCUGAGCCUAAGUACAGCUGAGUCUGAAAGUCCAGCUUAGACUGAUUAAAGUUGAGUCUGAGAUGUCCUAAAAUGGCCACCGUACAGAGAAUAAACCUGAGUGUUGUCAACGCCCCCUGGUGGACAGAGUACACAAUGGAGACACUGCGUCUAAAUUACCACCUACAUUCAUUUUAAGGUCAGCUUACUAGCUUUUUCCAGAGCUUUCACUCACACGCCACGGUCCUCAGCAGUGAAGGAAGUUUGCUGUAGUCGACUACGAGUUAAUAUCUGAAUAAACUUUCGUGCUCUACUGAAAACACACCUUUGGCAUUUCUGUCAAGCGCGGAAAUGAUUAGAUAUUAAUUAACUGGCAGGAAACGUAUCUGCAGCAUUUUUGAUAAUCUCUCUGUAAUUUUAAGUAAAUUUUUAAGGCGAAAAUACCACAAAUGCAUUUAUUCCAGCUUCUCAAAUGUCAAUAUUUGCUGAUUUUGCAAGUAUGAUUGUAAACUGACAUUUUAACAUGUCAACUUAUAGACUAAACGAUUUAAGGAUUAAUCAAAAUAAUUAUUAAUUGCGGGUCCAAAUGAGAUAAAAUCGGAUGAUAACAUCUGGCGCGUACCGUAUAUAAUCUCUGGAUCCGUCGGACUCUGGUAACAACAUGGCAAACCCACUGAAAACUGGUUUAAAACCUCCGAUCACGCUGGAAAUGUCUUUUAACUGACUUCAUUUUGAGCUCGUUCUUCGCAAACACGUGGAUUUUUACAGCUUUCUGCUCUGGACACAGUUUGUUUUAUCAUAAACUUUACCUUUUCUUUGUCUUCACGUGACGCCAGUGAUACUUUAAUUAGUCCUCGUUCGUGUUUUUCGUGCUUGUCGUCACGGAGACAGAUGUUUGAGCGCGCGGCGAGUAACCAGUCCACGUCUUUCAGUAUUAAAGCGAUAUUUCACUCUGGAAAAACGCGGUGAUUUCUCAGCACGAAUAGUCAAAACGCCCAAACUGACCCAGUUUUAUUCUUACAGAAGCCCAGAAAGGACAAGGACUCCAAGUCCAGUUUGCAGCUAUUUCCGGUGCUUUCGACUAUUUCUAUAUUUUAUUCACCGAUCUACUGUAUAUCAUUCUUUUGAGUGGCAUAAAGGGAACUACAAAACAAAAUCUCAUUAUACAACCAUGUGUUGUAAAAUGAUCAAUAAAUCUAUCUUUCAGUUGUCAUGUGACCAAAAUUUCACACUUUCGGCCACAGGUGGUUGUAUAUCGGGGGAAGACGGUAACCUUGUCUUAGGUCAUGUGAUGACAGUUGAUCUCCAUUCGCUCAUUAAGACCAGGAGAUGUAAGGUUGAAAGCUCUGGGGGAAAAACGCUAGCAGUUGUCCUUCCGCGCUCAAAAACGUUUACGAUUUAGUUUUCUCACAAUCAGAAAAAAAAAAGUGAUUUCAUGAUCUCGAUGUUUGCUUUUCCACAAAAUCUUUUUUAAAAACCGGUCAAGAUUAAAAUGUCUGUUUCAAAAGAUCUCGAAUCGGACAUUUUUGUGUUCGAACGUUUCAGUGUCGACUUCCAAAACUUUCAAUCAAUUUUUCAUGAUCACGGAAAACAAAGAUUGUUGCUACGAAAUCUUGAACUGCUGGCACUUUUUAUACGACACGUACGCCGCCGCCGCCGGCUGCGUAGUUUCAAUCCAGCCCGUCGUUGUUAAACUUUAUAAUUACGCUAAAAACUCAACUAAAAAAGUUCUACCUGUUUCCAGUCUUUAUGCUAAGCUAAGCUAACCAGCUGGUGGCCGUAGCCUUAAAUUCACCAGACAAAUAUUAGACUGGUUUCUGUCUUCAACUCUCCGCCAGAAGGUGAAUAAACCUUUUUCCCCCAAAAUGUCAAACUUGUGCAUUGAAGUGAAAAUGUGCGAGGUUCUUACGUUUUUAAGUUUUUCGGUGUCGGCUUUAUCUUCCCCUUUCAGGCUGUCAAAGUUCGAUCGACAAAAUACUUCAAGCACUUUAAAUUUAUAAGUUUGUGAAACAAAAAUCCACUUUUUUUUUGUGCGUUUUUCCUAAAAAAAAAAAGUAGAAAAGCCGUCAUUUGACGCUAAAAUUGUUUAGCUGCAUUGUGUAAUUAGACUUCGACCUGACGUGAAAACCAAAACCGACGCCAGCAGCGUUAUUUUUGGGUCAAAACUUAAAAGUCAAAGUGCUGAAAAACGCCGCCGAUGUGCCAGAGUGAGAAACGACUUUAAAGGGCUGCUAGAGUUUUAUCGGAGAUGAUAAAGGGAACUAAAAGCACAUCUAUAAAAACAUUCACACAAGUAUUUUCAAACUGUGUAAAUAGUUAUUUUGUUUUCUUUUGGACAAAUUCUCUACAUAAGAAACAUGAGAUGAUGUAUUUUUUAUGCGCCUGUAAAAUAAAAGUCUAUAUUCAAGUGUUCAUUCCCUCCUGAUGAGCUCGUGGCUGUAAAAAAUGACGCAGAAUGACUUUUUAGUUUUUAGUGGAAACAAUUCAUCUACACACUAUAAAUAUAUAUAUUAUAUUGUAUAUGAAAACUAUCAAUAAAUCUGUAUCAUAUCAGAAA